AUGGAUCAUCAAAAAGGGACGGUUGUAAUUUGUUUUGUAACAACUGCCGAUUGUGAUUCAGUUGUUCUGAAAGCGGAUGAUCAAGAAGAGCUAAAGCUGCCCCCAGGAAGCACAGGGUGGCCUCUUUUAGGCGAGAUAUUGGAUUUCUACUCCAAAGCUCAAAAGGGUGUUCUUGAAGAAUUAAUUUGUGGUAGAGAGGGUUCAAAAAAGUUGCUCAAGCUAUGGUGGCCGAGCGCGAUCCACAAACUCUUCCCCAAAUCCGAUGUAAAGACUAGUGCUGAUCGCAUGCGUACGAUCAGCGCGUUCAUCACGACUAUCCUCAAAGGAAAUGCUAUUAGAGAAUACGUCGCGGUUUUUGAUGCCAUCAUUAAACAACAGUUGCAAACACAAUGGAUUAGUGAGUCCGAACAAGUGGUUGAGGUUGGCGAAAUGGCAAGAAAAUACGCGCUUAACUCUGCCUGCAAGAUAUUCUUAGGCCUUGACGAUCCUGAAAAGCUUAAUGAACUCGAAACAGAGUUAAAGGUUUUGGCAAUUGGUGCUCAUUCGACGCCGAUUGAUUUUCCUGGAACAGCUUUGAAUCGGGGAGUCAAAGCGUCGAAGAAAAUAAGGAAAGAGAUCGAAGCAGUGUUUAGGCAGAAGAAAAAGAAGAUUGGUCUCAAUGUAACAAGCGCAGAUGAUGACGAUGAUGAUCCUGUUUCAGGAAAAACUUCAUCAAUGGAAACGGAUUACGCUUUAAACACGCUUUUAUCCACCGAUGAGAAUGGUAAUGAACUCAUCAGUGAAGUAGACAUGGCUAGUCACUUAACAAGUGUUCUUCACACUGCCUAG